AUGAUUAGCGACAGUGAUUUUAAGCAUGAUCUAAAGACCUUACUUACUAAGCGUGCUUCUAUAAAAGGUCGUAUUACUAAGUUUAAAAAUUAUAUUGAUACUAUUUCAAUAAAGGAGGAUCUGUCUCCAGUUCAGUUAUCAGAAUUAUCAAUAAAAUUAGAGAAAUUUCGUUUAUUAGCUAUUCAAUAUGAACAGUUGCAAGAUUCAAUUGAUGUUUUAAAUUCAGAUAAUUUGUCAUUUGAGAUAAAUGAGCGAGAUACUAUUGAGCAAGAUUGUGCAACCUGUAUUGCAAUUGCUCAAACUAUUAUUACUGACUUUAACAGUCACAAAGAUGAACAAAAUACCUCUUCCUUGUCUCGGUGUCAUCAUGAUCAUUUUGAAACGGAAUAUAAAUUACCUCAAUUACAAAUUAAUAAAUUUGAUGGUACCUACUUUCGAUGGUUGGAGUUUCGUGACACUUUCUUAUCGGUUAUACACAGUAACGAUCGUAUUAAGCCUAUUCAUAAAUUUCAUUAUUUAACAUCAUACUUGGAAGGUGAUGCUGCACGCAUAAUUUCAAAUAUUGAGGUUUCCGAGGCUAACUACAAUGAUGCGUGGCGCUUGUUGUGUGAAAGAUAUGACAAUAAACGACAGCUGAUAAAUCAUCAUUUAAAUGCUCUUUUCAAAAUGGAUCAGUUGGUUCGUGAGUCUGAACGAUCCCUACGUUUUCUUGUGGACCAUGUUACAAAGAACUUGCGCGCUUUGUGUAGUCUUGGGCAGCCUACUCAACACUGGGAUAUAUUAAUAAUACACAUAGUAUCAUCCAAACUGGACACGUUUACUUUAGCUAAAUGGGAGGAAAUGCGUAGCUCUUUGAAUGAGGUACCUACAUUAGCUCAAUUUAAUAAAUUUUUAACAGAUCGUGCUGAUAUACUUGAAACAUUACAUCGUAAUAAAAUAGAUAGACUGAAGUCCUCAGGUAGCUCUUCACGGCCUACAGGUCCUAAUUUUAAUAGUGAACGAGUUCAUACGAAAUCUUUUGCAUCUUUACAAAAUAAUAGUAAUAAUUUUAAAAUUUGCAUUAUUUGCAACGGAGAUCAUAAAAUAUAUGAAUGUGGAAUAUUUAAAGGAAAGAAUUUUGAUGAAAGGAUUUCCGAUGUUCAAAGAUUAAAAUUAUGUAUGAAUUGUUUAAGGGGUGGACAUCGAACUUAUAAUUGUAAACUAGGUCCUUGUCGUAUUUGUAAGAAAAAACACAAUACAUUGCUUCAUCAAACGAAAGAGCUCGAUACCAAUUUGUCUUCUUCAACUACUAUGUCUACUAAUACUAUAUCAAACUUUUCCAUGCAGCCAACAAAUCAGGCUAUACUAUCCACUGCAUUAAUUGACGUACGCAAUCCGAAAACAAAUAAGUCUGUUCAAGUUCGUGCAUUACUUGAUUGUGGAAGUCAAUCAUCAUUUAUUAGCAAACAAUUAAAAGAAUAUUUAAAUCUCGAAUCAAGCCAAAUAAAUAAAAUUAGCGUUAUAGGUAUUGGCAACAACUCAUCUAACCACAUAACAGAGAGUUGCAUUGCUCAACUUAGUUCAAUAUACGAAAAAUAUUGUGUAACGUUAGCUUGUUUUGUGCUUAAAGAGUUAACAGGUUCGAUUCCUGCUGCUCCUAUUAACUUAAAUAAUUUAAAACUACCAAAGAACUUAAAACUUGCCGAUCCCAAUUUCAACAUUCCAUCAUCCAUCGAUGUACUCAUUGGUGCAGACUUAUUUUGGGAUGUUCUAGGUAAUGAUGAUCAGUCAUUGGGUCCAGGUCUUAAAGUUAAACUAAGAAGUUCUAAACUUGGUUGGCUUAUUACAGGUGCUAUUUCUACUAAUUUGCGUACAACUAAGGAACUUCAAAAUUAUAAUUCUGUUAUAGACAGUCAACAAGAUGAAAGCAUACAAAAUUUAUUGCAAAAAUUUUGGAGUAUUGAAGAGGUUCCUCAUAAACCUAUGCUUACUAAAAUCGAAAAGGCCUGUGAACAACAUUUUAUAGAUCACACCAUUCGCUUGCCUAGUGGGAGAUUUUCGGUUCAACUACCUUUGAUCGAUACACCUGAUUGUCUGGGUGACUCCUACAAAAUGGCACUACAAAGAUUUUUUAAUUUAGAAAAACGAUUUAGGAGAAAUUUGAAAUUAAAAACCGAAUAUUCUAAUUUCAUUCGGGAAUAUUCUGAGCUUGGACAUUUAGAAGAGCUCGCUGAAUCUAGACCACCAGAACAAUGUUAUUUUUUGUGUCAUCAUGCAGUAUUUAAAGAAACCAGUGAGUCUACAAAAAUAAGAGUUGUUUUUGACGGUUCUGUGCCUACCACAUCAGGAUAUUCAUUAAAUGAUAUCCAAAUGGUGGGACCAAACAUUCAAGAUUUACUAUUUUCUAUUUUGAUUAGAGCUAGACAAUAUAAGUUUUUACUCACGGCUGACAUAGAAAAAAUGUACCGGCAAAUUAAAGUGCACCAUGCUUGUCAAAAUUUACAAUUAAUUUUAUGGAGGGAAAAUGAAAUAGAGCCAAUUAAAAUACUACGCCUUAAGACAGUUACGUAUGGUCUUGCAAGUUCUAGUUUUUUAAGUACACGUUGUCUUUGGCAGUUAGGACACGAAUGUACAGAUAAAUCUAUAGAAACAAUUAUCAAACAUGACUUUUAUGUAGAUGAUCUUAUAACCGGAGCUAAUAGUAAAGAUGAACUUCUAUAUAUUCAAACCUCUGUGUCAAACGCUCUUAAAAGGGGUUGCUUUAAUUUACGCAAAUACAAAUCUAAUUGCAAAUACAUUUUGAAUUCUGAUUCAAUAAAUAGAAACGAUAGAUUAAGUAUAAGUUCCUCAAUUAGUGCUUUAGGUAUUAACUGGGAUCCUGGUAAUGAUAGCCUACAGGUUUCUUUUAGAAUUCCACCUAAAUUGGAGUUUGCUACUAAGCGUUUAAUUCUGUCUUUUACUUUUAAAAUAUUUGAUCCUCUGGGUCUUAUAAGUCCAUGUGUUAUUUUGCCAAAAAUUAUAUUGCAAUCUCUAUGGCAAAAGAAACUAGACUGGGAUGUUCCAGUCCCAAAGGAUAUACAAAAUUCUUGGAACGAGUUUACCAAUGAUUUAUCAUGCCUUUUAAAUCUUCAGGUACCACGAAGGGUUGUUUGUGAUAAACACAAUUAUAUUGAAUUGCACUCAUUUAGUGAUGCUUCUCAACGUGCAAUCGGAGCUUGCAUCUACCUAAGAUCAAUUAAUAAACAAGGCCUAAUUAAUGUACAACUGUUGUGUUCCAAGUCUAGGAUAGCCCCACUUAAACCUACAACCAUACCUCGUCUAGAACUAUGCGCAGCACUCUUAGCGGCUAAGCUAUCUAAAGUAGUUAUUACAUCUCUUAGAUGUGUAGUUGCACGUCAGGUACAUUGGUGUGAUUCUACAGUUGUUUUAGGGUGGCUUCGUACUGAAAGUCAUAAGUUGAAAGCAUUUGUAGCAAAUAGGGUUGUGGAGAUAUCAGAACUGACUGAUGUCAAUUCAUGGCGUUAUAUACCUACAUUAGUGAAUCCUGCAGAUUUUAUUUCUAGGGGUUUAUUACCUAAAGACAUUAUUACAAAGAAUUUGUGGUGGUGCGGCCCUGAGUUUUUGUUACGAACAGAAUGCGAAUGGCCUGUUUUUUCCCUGGGUACGUCGGACGAUGCUAAGUUGCCUGAAAUCAAACUAAACUCGGCAUUAGCCAUAGCAGUUGCAACUAAAGAGCCUAUUUUAAUAGAAUUUGAAAAAUAUUCGAAAUUUGUAAAAAUUCAAAGAGUUUUAGGAUAUGUUAAGCGUUUUAUUUUUAAUUUACGAAACAAAACAAAUAAAAGGACAGGGAGUUUAAGUUUAGAUGAGCUGAACGAUUCAUUUCAUAAUCUUUGUGCAUUUUCUCAAAAACAAUCUUUUCCUAAAGAAUACGAUAUGUUAAAGAUGGGUAAGGCUAUAAGUAAUAAAUCAACGAUUUUACCAUUAACACCUUUUUUUGAUUAUGAUUUAAAAUUGAUAAGAGUCGGUGGCAGAUUGGAUAACUCUGACUAUAAUUUUGAUAAAAAACAUCCUAUCCUUCUUCAUUCAAGUCAUUAUCUCACGAAGCUUAUCUUUGAAAGGGAACAUCUUCGUUACAUGCACGCAGGACCGCAGUUAUUAUUAUCAGCAAUUCGUGAGUCUAUUUGGCCAAUUAAUGGUAGGCGUCUAGCACGAAAUACAGUGCAUAAGUGUGUUACAUGUAGGCGUUAUCAAGGUAGGGCUAUACAUCCAAUAAUGGGCAAUUUACCCGUGCAAAGAGUUGCGCCCGACUUUCCAUUCAAGACUGUAGGUGUUGAUUUUGCUGGUCCAUUCUACAUAUUAAAUAAGAGGGGUCGCGGGGCGAGGACAAUUAAAGCCUAUUUAUGUCUAUUCAUAUGUUUUAGAUUUAAAUGUUUGCAUUUAGAAGCUGUCAGCGAUCUUUCUAAGGAUGGUUUCUUACAGGCCUUCCGUAGAUUUAUAUCUAGACGCGGAAGACCAACAGAAGUAUAUUGUGAUAAUGGCAAGAAUUUUGUCGCGGCAGCCAAAGAGAUAGGUACAUUUUUAAAUACAAAUAAACAACAAAUAUUGGAUUUUGCAACUGAAGAAGACAUUAAAUUUAUUUUCUCACCCACGCACGCUCCUCAUUUUGGUGGUAUCUGGGAGGCCGGAGUAAAAUCUGCUAAAUAUCAUAUUCGUCGUGUCAUGGGUAACACUCAUCUCACGUUCGAAGAGUUAGGAACAUUAUUUGCAGAAGUCGAAGCUAUCUUAAACAGUAGACCUUUGUAUCCCUUAUCCUCCAAUCCCAAUGAUUACCGUCCCUUAACACCUGGGCACUUUCUGAUAGGUCGGCCACUGCGCUCUCUAACUUCGCCAUCACUUGCUGACUCUAAUACUAGUCAAUUGCAGCGACAUGCAAGGAUGGAGCAAAUACGUCAACACUUUUGGCAGCGUUGGCAAAAGGAGUAUGUCUCGGAGCUUCAACAGCGUUCUAAGUGGAGAACGAGCUCAUCAAAACUACAAGAGGGAGACUUAGUGCUGCUGAUCGAGGACAAUUUGCCUCCUCUAUGUUGGAAGCUUGCAAGAAUAUCUCGCUUAUUUCCCGGAUCAGACGCAGUAGCACGUGUUGCGGAAGUUCGCACAUCUACAGGCACUUAUAGAAGACCUUUGACCAAGCUUUGCCCUCUUCUCACCGGUGACGACACACAAGGUUGA